AUCUACGGCAAAAUGGUCAUGUUAAUCAAACUGACAUCCAACUAGAUGCAAACAUUCCAUUGUCAUGAAUAUUGUGAAAAUAGGGGAAAACAACAUGUUCUUAUUCUGCUCUAAUCUAAUGAGGAGGCAGUUUGGUGGAGAGAGGCCUAAUCUAAUGAGGAGGCAGCUUGGUGGAGAGAGCUCUAAUCUAAUGAGGAGGCAGCUUGGUGGAGAGAGCUCCAAUCUAAUGAGGAGGCAGCUUGGUGGAGAAAGCUCUAAUCUAAUGAGGAGGCAGCUUGGUGGAGAGAGCUCUAAUCUAAUGAGGAGGCAGCGUGGUGGAGAGAGCUCUAAUCUAAUGAGGCGACAGCUUAGUGGAGAGAGCUUUAAUCUAAUGAGGAGGCAGCUUGGUGGAGAGAGCUCUAAUCUAAUGAGGAGGCAGCAUGGUGGAGAGAGGCCUAAUCUUAUGAGGAGGCAGCUUGGUGGAGAGAGCUCUAAUCUAAUGAGGAGGCAGCUUGGUGGAGAGAGGCCUAAUCUAAUGAGGAGGCAGUUUGGUGGAGAGAGGCCUAAUCUAAUGAGGAGGCAGCUUGGUGGAGAGAGCUCUAAUCUAAUGAGGAGGCAGCUUGGUGGAGAGAGCUCUAAUCUAAUGAUGAGGCAGCUUGGUGGAGAGAGCUCUAAUCUAAUGAGGAGGCAGCUUGGUGGAGAGAGCUCUAAUCUAAUGAGGAGGCAGCUUGGUGGAGAGAGCGCUAAUCUAAUGAGGAGGCAGCUUGGUGGAGAGAGCGCUAAUCUAAUGAGGAGGCAGCUUGGUGGAGAGAGCUCUAAUCUAAUGAUGAGGCAGCUUGAUGGAGAGAGCUCUAAUCUAAUGAGGAGGCAGCUUGGUGGAGAGAGCUCUAAUCUAAUGAGGAGGCAGCUUGGUGGAGAGAGCUUUAAUCUAAUGAGGAGGCAGCUUGGUGGAGAAGGUAUGGAAGGUAUGUCAACAUACAUGUUGUUAUAGAUACAGAGUGGGUAGGAAGGUAUGUCAACAUACAUGUUGUUAUAGAUACAGAGUGGGUAGGAAGGUAUGUCAACAUACAUGUUGUUAUAGAUACAGAGUGGGUAGGAAGGUAUGUCAACAUACAUGUUGUUAUAGAUACAGAGUGGGUAGGAAGGUAUGUCAACAUAC